AUGAGCACCAAUUAAUCAAUUAAUACCAAAGAACUUUCUGAUGAAGAAUUUAUGAAACUUCAUGCAAAGUAAUUCUAUAGAACUCAUGGAUAAUUGAUUGGCAGCAAGCCGUCCUACAUUCCGAUUCCAAAAGAGUAUAACCAUAAUGGAAAAUUCACUGAUCACUUAUUGAUGGCCACCAUGUAUAGAAACAAUAGUUUGAAUACAACUUGUGAUAAAGAACGUUGGAUUAACGGUUCUAAAGAUUGGAUGGAACAUCUAUAAUGAACUUAUAAUAUCCU